AUGAAUGUCACUAUGGAUUUGAUUCGCAAAGAUGGAUCAUUAUCAUUUGGUCAUUUAGUAACACAAGUUCAUACGAAAUCAACAAUCAAUUUGGAUCUGUCAUUAAGCGCCAGUUAUACAUUAAAAACUAGUGAGAUUUUUCCAAUCGGGCCGCGUCUGACAUUAAUUGGCUACUCAUUUAGUAUUGCUUCAGUUGCGUUUGGGAUUGAUGUUGGUUUUGAAAUAGAAAUACCGUGGUCUGUUCAAUUGGAUGCUAUCGGAUCUUUAACAGCUGGCAUCCAGUAUAAAUUGGAUAUAAAUAUAACAUUAUCUGUAGAUGAUCAAAAUAAACAAGCAAAAGAUGUUCAAUAUAAUCUAGAGAAAAUAUAUCAUCCUGUUAGGGCUGAUUUUCAAGCAGAUUUGAUUAUUGAUGUUCCACUUAAGUCAUCAUUAUCAGUACAAGCACUCGUGUUUAAUAUUGGUAUAACAACUGGAGGGUAUUUAACAUUUGAAAAUCAAUUUCGUUUCCCACCAUUUUCUCCAAUUCCAUCAAAUGAGUUUAAUUGGAAUAUAGAACACCCGUCUCUGUUUCAUUUAUCCUACCCUAAUGAUGCAUGUGUAUCUAAGCAUUUCAUUGAAUACCAUAUUAAAUUUGGCAUACGUCAUACUGUACUCUAUCUACGUAUAGAUAUCCUUGAUCAAAUACCAGCAUUUAUCAAAAACUUUGUUUCAUAUUUUGAAACACCAAGUUUUCUUGACUUAGGUCCAUGCGAAUUAGUUGGUGGUUGUCUAUUUGAAGCACCUCAAAAUGAUUUUUUCCAAUCAUUAGAAUUAUUUACGAAUAAUGUAUUUUCAUCUGAUCUGCAAUCGUCGAUAUAUUUUUCUAAAUCAAUUAUUUAUGAUCUGUCACAAUCAUUACAGGUAUCAGAAUCAAGAAUUUAUUUUAACGCUUCGUAUCCCUAUUACGAUCAGUCUACAAAUACAGAAUUAACUGUUGUGUCUAUAUCAAUAUUACCAUCUCCUACACAAGACAUAACAGAUCCAGACGUAAGUCGUCUAGUGCAAAAUCUGAUCACGCAAGAAAUGAAUCAAAACUCAACAUUGUAUUCAGGUAUUUUUACAAGUAGCUUAGUACAACAACAAACAAUUCAAGCAAAUAUUGUCAAUGGUUUAAUGACAUCAUUUACAUCCCAAGUUACAACUACCAACCAGAAUUCUACACAUGAACUCAGUUCAUACCCAUAUACUUCGUCAACACCGUUGUCUUCUGCUAGAGUUACUUCUUCGAUAAAAGAUUCUCCCCUUAUUUCUAAUGCAAUUUUGCAACAACAAAUGACUAAUGCAGGCACAUCAGUGGCAAUUACCGCUUCGUCACCAAGCCAAAGAAAUACUUCUAUACAACAAAAACUUCUACUAUCAACAGCCAGUAUCUCUGCACAACAUCAACCAUACACAACAGUCUCAUCCAAAGGUUCAUCACAAUCCUACGCAUCAACAUCAAAAUCAACAAAUACAACCUCGUCUUCAAAUAGUUCUGACAUUAGAGAUGUAUUAUUAUUUCAAAAGCAACCACUCACGACAAGUAUGUUAGCAUCGCUUUCUUCGCUGAACAAAUUACCUUAUACAUCAAGCACCAUAAAUUCUUCGACAACAUCAUAUUCAUUGUCCAAUACGAAAAUCUCAUCAUUCUCAAACCAAGGAGAAAUGACAUUUACUCAAAAGUAUUCUACGUCUCCUUCCUGGAGUUCAGUGUAUUUAAAUCAAAUACACUUAACAACAAUAAUGCUAAUACAACAACUAAACUAAAGUCAACACAAACCUAUAAGCAAAAUAUUACUGUUGGGCAAUCGACUGCCGUUGAACCUAAAAACUAAAAUAAUCACUCUCAUAAAACAUCAGCCUGAUCGUCUGAUGACAAAGAUAUAGUGCAGAAUGUUUCGCUGAUUUGUUUUCUAAAUUUGCAUUAAAUUUUCAGUCAAAACUUCAGUCAAGAAAACUAUACAAAGUAUACGAAAGACGAGAAAAAUGAAAAUUUUAUAAAUUUAGUAUUGCUUCGAUUUCUGAGUAUGAGUACAAGUACGAGUACUGAAGAUCGAGUACGAGUAUUUUCUAAAUUGUACUCGAGUAUUUUUUGGAAUACUAGGUAAAAAGAGUUCCGAGUACGAGGAUUUGUUUUGUUUUUCCAUAUCAUAGCGACAAACAAGGGGAACAAUAAAGAAAAAAGAAACCUCAUGUUCUGACUAAUAUAACAUCUUUUCUUUACGUUUCCAUUCAACAUAAAAAGAGAGUUGAGAGGAGUCGCAGUGUGUGCUCUGAAUGUCAUUAAUUACACGCUUUUAUCAGUUUUUUGACCGAAAAAGACAUUCGAAACAAAUAGAGAUACUUUUCUUUUAUCACCGUAACAACACAGAAAAUAUAGAUCAUAUAUAUUGUGUGAAUCUGUCACAGUAAUCUAACAUUCACUUUCAACCAUAAAUCCUGUUGGUGUCUUUUAAGAAAAUACGAGCUGAAUAUGUUUUAAAUUACUCCAGUUCCCAAGUAGCUAUUUAACGCUGUUUUUCUUAUAUAUCCAACUUGAAUCGAUCAUUUAAUUUUUACAUUAACGGCAAGUGAAAAAAACAUCAUAUUCAUUCGAUCUUCUCUCCAAAUUUGAAUCUUAUCAGCUCCAUGAACAUAAUGCAUCCUAUAGUAGGGUCCGAUGGCUCUCCUCAGGAUACAAGUCUAUGGUUUUCUAAAAUGUCCCGGUCAAUGGCAACUCUUGGACUGACCUUCUAAUAUGGGUUAUCUUCUGACUUGCACUGGACUGUCAGUGACCUUCCAUUAGGAUUUUUAAAAGAAUUAAUUUUUUAUUUCAUAUGGUUUUACUUUGUACCGUGACUUUCCAGUCUUGAUAAUCUUACCAAAAAGAAAGAAGAAGAUCCAUUGGUUUAUAAACUUUUAUAGAUUUAGUUGUAUUUUUAAUUAUAAAAUUUUAUAUUUUGUUUUCUUAUUUUAUUUUUUUACUUUUAUACAUAUUACAUAUGUUAAAAAGAUUAUCAGGUACCUACUU